AGGCAGAUGGGCGAAAGGAAGACUUAUGAACGAAGAGAGUGAAGGCUACGUAGCUCGCGGACAUAAGUGAAUCUUACGUGUGGCCUGAUCCGAUGAAUGCUUCUGAAAAUACGUAAAAAUCCUCAUGGAAAGUCGACACGCGCUGGCGAGAGCUGAAGUUUCGCCGACAGCUCAACAAGGUUUAGUCCUUGCUAAAGAUUUUAUUUCCUAUAGGCUCGGAAAAGGCCCUUUACCCACGUCAAAUACCGCUGCAACACUUCGCAAACUUGCCGACCAAAUCGAGGAGCAGUACCCAUCACUGUUAAGCCAUUUAUGCCGUAAACUGAACAUUACGAGAACUACAGCGUAUCCAACAUUUGUUGAAAUUGCAAGCGAAGUAUUCGUGGAUGGAAUAAACUGGGGAAGAAUUGUAGCGUUAUUUGCUUUUGGGGGAAAACUGGCUUUGUAUUGCGACCAGAACCAAAUGACAGAUCUCGUUGCUUCGGUCACUGAAUGGGUAGGAAAAUACGUAGGCGGACUUAGUGAAUGGAUUGAAAGCAAUGGCGGAUGGGUAAGUAGUAUUUCUUUUUUCUUUUUAAAUUGAACUUUCUUAACUCAUCUAAAUUUGUGUAUUUAAACUAGGGGCAAAAGUCAUCAACAGAAAUACCGUGUGUAUUUUUCCGAAACCCAGGUUACGAGGUUCGCAAUAAUUAAAUGUUCUCGCGUUUUAAAUCAACGGGAAAGCUUGAAUCCUUUGUGAUGCCUUCAGCUGCUUGGUAUUUAUAAAUAAUGAAAGCGUUUGGUUCUUGUCAUUGGUUAGAGGGGCAAAAACUUUUCCAAGACCAGACGUAAUUAGCUGAAGAGAUAAAAAAGGAAUCUUACAAACAUCAAGAAGUACAAUGGACAUGAAUAUAUUUGUUUGAUGAGCACAUUUUUGGAAUUUUUGCAUUGUCCAAGUUCGUGGGCGGAAUAUUACCAGUUUAGUAACACGACAGCCUUAUUCUAGAGCACCCUUUUGGGGAAAAAACCCAAGGAUUAUUACCAAACUGUGCUUGGCGUAAUAUUAAAAAUCUAGCUCGAGUCGCAUUUUGUACAACAUUGUACAAUUUGUGUACAAAAUCCAGAGUCGGCGAAUCAACAGGGGAUUAACCGAUUACGUUUACCAGCGUAAUUUGCGGAUUUUUGGGGGGCUUUCAAUAUGAAAAUCGCUAAAAAAGCAAAUAACUGUACCAGAAGCAUUCCCUUUAGUUCCGGGACGGGUAUUAAACCUCAGUCAUGAGACUUAUGUACUCCCUUUAAUCGGGACUUGUUUUGUCACGUUUUUUCCUCUUAUGUCAGCUUUGAAAGGGUAUGUACUAGAAAACCACAUUGAUGAUGUCAUAAAAUGGGACAAGGUGUCUAUUGGCACAACACAACAUUUUGGUUCUAAAGUUAUUGGUCUUGCUCGGCGGGAAAUUUUGAUUAUGUUUUACGAACAUAGAAGGGUAAACUUGUGUCUGAAAAAGCAGUAUGUUUAGAGUUAAGAGUUUAGGGUACUUUGCAUUGAUUGCAUUUCACCGAUAUGAAUGGUUGUCAUUAGUUAGUCAUUUCCAUAUACAUGUACCUAUAACUGUAUACUAUAUUCAAUGGGGAUGGCAUAUGGGCAAGAUUUUGGGGGUUUGACCAAAAUGCAAAAGAUUUGGUCACUUUCUACAAAGUUUAAUUUUUAUUUGAUUAAAAUCUAAGAAAAGAACUUUGCCCUCAGGGGCCAGUGCAGUUAACAGUUGACAUUUGAGCUAUUUGAAAGAAAUGCUGCAAAUGUAUGCUUUAUUAUUAAUGGUGCCGUUGAGCCACAACAAACUUUCAUUCCUCACUUGCAUAGUCUAUGUAAUUAGCAUUUUCAUUGGUGCAAGAAAGUACUCUCUGAGUGACAAUAGGGAGCUUAAGCAACAAUGAUGAAAACGAUUUUUUCAGAUUUUUUUGAAAAUUGUAGAAUGAAAAUCACACUCAUUUGACAGUCUCAGGAAAUGUUGGCGGGUAUAUAAAUAGUUGUGAGGAUAGGGGAAAAUAUUUCCUUAUAAAUCUAUUGAUAAGAGCCUUCACAGUAACGAAACAACAGUACUAUUAAUGGCGCUUUGCUUUUUUUUUCAGGAAGGUCUCGAUAAACAUUUUAAUGACAAAGGACAAGAUAGCGCCUGGUGGAGAGGUGUUUUUCUUACAACACUUGGACUUGGAACAUUAGCAGCUUUUAUGUACAGCCGGUGAACCAUAGCAUACCGGUAAUUGUUUUUUAAAGUGUGCAUUUAGUUGGUCAAUUUAAAUAUAAUUUAUAUAAUUUUGAGGCACGGCAUACUGUCAGCAGUCUCUUUCUUUACCUAUUUUGUGUGAAAAAGGGAGAAAAAGUGUUCAGGUGAGACAAACCAGGCUUAGUCUCGCAAGGUGACGAUCGACUUAUAUAGAUGCUCUCACGAGUUGACAACUGAUUUGUCUUGCUUUCUGGAAAAGUCACACACACUCCAAAAUCUCCCAAUUAGAUUAUUUUUAAGAUAAUUCAAUGUUGGAUGCUGUGCAACUGAAUUCGUUUCUAAUGGCGUGAGAUUUUGUUGUCAAAAAUCAGACCCUAUGCAGGCUUUGCUGAUAGUUUUGUUCCUCCUGUUGCUUUUGAUGAGGACUGUGCAAGAAAUCACCUACAGCUCAUGCACUCGCAGAUCCUAAAAAUGUGGCCAUGAAAGGCAAAAUAGACCCUAAUCAGGGUAUCUGUUCCAAAAGGAUGAGCAUUUUUUAUUCGAAUAGCUCCCCAAAUUCCUUCCUGUAGAUUUCUCAGCAACAAACCUCAUCCCAUUAAACUGUUGCUUUAUUGCCCCUUUCUUUUCAGAUCUGAGUCUCAAUAGAAUUGUUAGUAGUUUCUCUCACAAACUGGUCACAUUCAGGCUUGCAUCAUUUUCAUUGACCAUUUACUAAUAGAUAGCAUCCUAAAAUGGCAUUCAAAGAAUUAAUAUUGACAAGCCCAAAAACAUCUGCAUCGGAGGCUAAAAAAAUAACCACUCCAGAUCAAAACUCCUUUCGAGAAUAUCAUAUGAUCCACCAUUAUCACAGGUAAUUAGCAUGGAGACAAACAAGUCUAUUAGUUUAAAUAAUAUUAUUUAAUUUACAUAAAUCAAAUAACAUUUGUAGUUGGCAUCUUAAUUUUUUAAUCACCAUUAAUUUAGCUUAAUUUAUCCAAGAAUAAUUUAUAGACAGGUAGACUUUUAUCAACUGUAUCCCCCAAUAAUAAUAUUUGUCAUGAUUUUUUAUUGUUAAGGUAGUUUUUUUUUGCUUUUCAAAUUAUUGUUAGUCAUCUCUCACAUGGCAGCAGGCUAUGAAUUUUGAAGCAAGCUAUGAAAUUUAAACAUCUGAUUCAUAGUCAUUAAGAUUGCUUCGAAGAUUAUUUAAGGUAACAACAAAAAAGUAUUUAUUUAUAUAGCGAGGAAUUUUUAAGAUUAUAAGACAUAAUGUAUGGAAAAAAAAUUCACCUUCCAUUCUAACAGUACAAUUGCAUCUUCAUGUGUGCAUAUGUAAUUUAUUGAAUGUGUUGUGGUUCAAUUUUAUCCUUUCUUUAAAUUUUAGUAUCCUUUGUUUAGGGGUAUGUUAAUGUACUAUGAUAAUGAGUUUAAAACAAAGGAAAUUAAAAUUUAAACCAAGCAUAAAAUUGAACCACAACAUAUGCAUAUUUUUAACAUGAAAUCCUCAGAGCUAUUGUUUUUCUUACAAAGUAGUGUUGCCCAGGAAAUAUCCUGUAUUUUACCAAGGGGGCAGGAGGGGAGGUGUCUAAAAGCAAUGGUUUGAGGGAAGGUAUAAAGAGCACUUCUUAAGGGUUAGGAUGAAUGUGAGACUUGACAAACCAGGAAAGGUGUGGAUUGUUUCCAGAACAACACUUUAUUCUAAAUGUAGGUAGAGACACAAUAGCUUCACCCUUAAGUUCGCAAGGGUGACCAACAUCAAUUUUCUCCUAACAACAUCAGCAGUUCAUCAAGAGUAAAGAUUCUGAGAAUUACUAAAUUGAUUACCAAAGGGAGAAUGCUUUGAUUUUAAACCAAAUUCUCUCAACUAUUCUUUAAAGAAAUGUAUGGAGAUCAGUCUAGAGAAUUUGUAUGUAGAUCUUGGGGCAUAAAGGGUUAAUGAUAGGUAGGUUGGAUUUCACAGUCGUGGUAAUAGUGACUAUGACACACCUACUUGAUUAACCCUGGUGGGAAACUAAAACAACCUGUAGGGUAAAUUGUCCACAAAUCAUAAGAAAGCUCAUACGAUACAAACCCCCCACCCCCCCCCCCCAAAAAAAUUAGGAAUAAAAAUUUGAUAAUUCUAGGGGCCUUUCAAUUCAACAAUUAUUGCUGCGUAUGUGAGAAACUAUAUAUAAAAUACCUGAAAGGUGGAUACAGAAGCAACUUGAUCUUCACACCAAAAAUACCAGCCAAAAAUAAUGGGUGUGCAUACUUUAGAAUGUAAUGGAAAUUUCCCUUUCACAAGUCAAUUAUUUAGUCAAUUAUUGACUAGACUUGAGAUUUUGUCAUCAAGUUCUCUAACAUUAACUUGGUAAUCUCUUAAAUUUCAGCUGUAGGUUUUCAAAAUUUUGAUCUUAAAUGUAGAUGAUCUUACAAUGAAGUAUAUAACUCUUGAGAUUUGCAGUUAAUGUUUUAAAACCAAGUUAAAUCACAAAAUGAUCAAGAAGUGUAGGCUAGGCUGAAGCAUUGUGGAAGUAUAUAAAUACUGUGUGUGUUCUUUUACCACAUAAGCAAGAAUAUUGUGGGCCUUUCGUGGCCAUUGAUAUGUCACGUUCAAAAAUAUGUCAGGUUCUAGUUUAGUUAAACUAGACUUUUGAUCCCUUGUACAGUCAAAGUUUGGUAUCUACUAUGGUAGAAAUUAUUAAUAUUAUAUUUGCCAAAGUGGUGUUAUAAAAUUAUGUAAAAUAUGUUUAGUAACAAGAUGAUAAAAGUGUGCAAGACAAAGAGAUAGCUGCAUAUAUCUGCAGACAUGUUGCUUUGUCUUUUAAAGAAAAAAAAAAAUUAAGGCAGAGCAAAGUAUAUACACAGCAUUGUGAAGUUGCUAAGAAUGCAUCAAGGCGUUUAUUCGACAACCUAAACAAGUUUUUAUACAAGACCAAUUAAAGAGCCAGACAAGGAAGAAAACAAAACCAAAUAAUAAUUAAUUAUUAUUUAACAAAAUGUCCUUACAGAGUUAUUUUACAGUUAGGAGGAGUACUUAGAAAUUUUCUAAUAUUGUAAUCAACAACUGAGGAUGGUAUAGAAACUAAGCUGGAAUGUUUGUGUCGACGACCCAUGCAUACAGGCACUGAAAGAAAGAUCAGGAAAAAGCUGAAAAGACUACAACCUAACAUUUUUGCUGGUUGUUAAAUAAAACAUGACUGUGUAUUUAAACUAAUUUUCACACAAGUCUGUUUCAGUCUUUGAAUUACACAAUCUGCAAAUGCAAAAAUGUUGCUGCUGUCCACAUGUAACAACUAUGGACUAAUGGUAUAUAAUAAUUAUUUCAAUGGAUUUGAUUUCCAUUUUGAACAGUUUUGAAAACAUCAUCAUUUUCAACAUUUGUGUGUGGAUAGAAGCCAUUUGUGAGUACAUUUUUCUACAUUUGAACUGUGAGGGACUUGUAUGGAAAUACCCUAAGGGGCUUUUAAAAGAGUGACUUUGUGCAUGAGUUGAGCUGGACACCAGGUUAUUCAACAGUUGAGAAUCUGUUUUAAUUAAUGGGUGGUGUUAGUUGUUAAUGAUAACUGUGUUAACUAAUUUAUGAAAAGAUAUAUAUACAUAAUAGCUUUUGUUUUCAAGUAUUGAGUAAGGGGCUGGUUUUCCCUUUUACAUUAUUUAUUUUUUAGGAAACUUGUUUUAUGAAGUUAUAAUAAGAGCACUGAAAUAAUCAUUAUCUGUAAUUGUUAUAAUGAACUCUUGGCUGCAGGUAAUUACAUGUUUAUACAUGCCUAAGAACUUGAUUUAUGUGCAAAAAUAGUAGGCAUCUAUUGACAUAACAUAGAAGAGAAGUUAGACAGGAGAUAACACAGAAUAAUUUUACUCAUCCUUAAUUUAGAGCAAGUAGCAUAUUUGUGACUUUAGAAAUUAUACUCGUAUACUUGUACAGUUAACAUGUGUGAGAAUAGCCUUUAAAAUUUUAUUACCUUAAGACUCGUCCUCAGAAAAAUUGUUUCUCUUUGAUAUUACAUUCUAUACCCACAUUCACACCGACAAUAAUAUUUUUGUAGAUGCAGAUCAUUAAUCGUAGAUAAUAAGAAUUUUAAGUAUCCUUUAAUAAAACUAAUUGUGUCAACAUCUGAAGUUAAGUGAAUGAAAGAUUAUUGCCUUGCAUAGUCUACAGGAUAAGUGUUCCCUAAAUAUUGACCUUUUAACUCCCAGGAGUGAUUGGCCUGUAACUUCUCCUUAGAAUAUUAUCAUUAAAUUGUCCAGCAAGCACAAGAUGAUGAGAAUAGAUAAAUGUAUCUCCCUACAGGGAACAUUUGAUACAGCACCAAAUUCUUUUAUCUAAUGUGAAAGAAAUGUAUAGCAGCCAGAAAGGAGAAUUACUAGUCAGAUCUCAAGAGUUACAGGGUUGAAGGCAGUUGACAAUUACUUCAACUGCCAUAUUUCAUGUGUUAUUAUUAGCAGAUUAUUCAUGUAUGAACACUGUCACUGGGGAAAAACUGUCCGUAAAGUCAAGUACCCAUAAGGGAAUUUGAUCAGACAGUUGGACAAUCUAGUUAGGGUUAAAAGCAAAGAGGAGCUCCCCUAAACGUCUAUUGGCCAUUCAACUGCCUGUUGGCUGUCUGUUGGCAUGCAGUUGGCCAAUAGUUUUUCAGGAGAGCUGUUCUUCACUUUUGCCAAAAAACUACUAGUGAAGAAAACUUGACUCGUGGAAGCAUUCUUAUAAUAAUAAUAAUUAUUUACUGGCAAUGAGUGUCAUUUUGUUUUGUAACAUCAUAGUUAGAAUAACACAUAUUUAAAUAAUUAAAUUUUGCAGUUUUUAAUUAAUAUUGAAAACUGCAAAAUACCAUAACAAUUCAGUGUUGCAAGUGUUGUAAGUCAUUUAACCACUGCUACACAAAGCAUAGGCUGUAUUCCUUGCAGGCAGUCCACACUGUGAAAUACAGUGUACAACAAUCUUCACUUUUCCUCUCCAAAUUUAAGUUCAUGAAUACUAAGAAACUUGUUCAAUAUUUUGUUUUCCUCCUUGGAAACAAGUUUAAAAAAAAUUUUGCUGCAUUAAUUUACUUUCCAAAGCUUUUUUGUUUCAGAACUACUAAGGAUUUAAACAUUCUGGAUAGACUUACGGAUUGGCUAAAAGGAAUAACUAUGCAAAAUUUAAAGUGGUUUAACUGGGUGUGCCCUACUGUUUACUCAUCAUUAGUAUGUAUGCAUUUAAUUUGUAGACUGAUUAUGAAUAACACUGUGUUAAAAUCCAUAACUUUGUCUGGCUUUGAGUGCUCAUGGCUGCAUCCUUAGCACAUUAAUAAAAAUGUAUUAUGCAUUGUAAAGUUGUGUGGUUGCCUUUUCUACUAGUACUUGAACCACAGACAGGAGGAAAAUGUGACAGCUACAAACUCGAGCAGAGUACAAUGGAAGAGGCUGAGCAAACCCAACCCCCUCCCCUUGAUCUCUCUGUAAUCAAGGAUGAUGCUGCUUGGAGGUCAAAAUGUGCCACUUUUUCUACCCUUGAUGCCCUGUUAGGGUAAAAUAAUUUGAGACAAGCAACAUGGACUUGAAACAGUGAAAAGACAAAUGAAAGAGCGAUAAAUGACAUGAAGAUGUGUUGAAACUGCAACGGCAACAAGGAAAAUUGCAAAUACAGUAGUGAAAUACUGAAAGCCACAUGGCCUCCUCUUCAAUAAGUGAAAUGACUGCUUUUAACAUUUAGACUAGGGACAUGCAUACCCCCCUUCCCCUGUCUAAGAAGGCCUCAUCCUUGACUGGGGGUGGGCCUAAUUUUCCACCUGUUUUGUCCAAGAUGUGUAAUCUCCUGAUACCUGGCCAGGUCCACAGCCAGAAAAACAUUCGUGCUGAGACAAUAGUAGAAAAACGAAGAAAAAGAAGAAAAAUGCACCAUGUUUUUUUGCUAUCCUUGAUUGGGGGUGGGGAGGGGGAUUUUAUUUUUCCACCUGUUUUGUCCAAGAUUUGUAGUCCCCUGAUACAACCCGGCCAGGUCCACAGCCAGAAAACAAUUUUUGCUGAGAUAAUAGUAGAAAAAAAGAAGAAGAAGAAAAUGAAGAAGAAAGAGGAAUACAGCUAAGUGUACACUUAACAGAUCUGAGAACUGAUAGACUUGUGACCCUAUGAGUGUCCCCAGUAUCAUUAAUUGGAGAUGCUUUCCACAAUGAAUUAGUAUUUUAGUUUUUCAGGAGAGGGGAAAACGGGAGCACCUGUAGAAAGACCUCUCGGAGCAGAGAAGAUCAGCAAUAACUAACUCCAUCUACAUAAUAAUGGUAUUGCUCCAUCCUACCUGACAAGAAACUUCCAAAAUAAUUUACCAAAGCAUAAACUCUAUGAACCCAAAUAUAACAAUUUAAAUUCCCUUGUUUUGCUUUUGAUACAUUUCCUAUAGAAGUACAGUGUAGUGGGAAGAAGUUAAUCUUGUAUGAUCAUGUGCAUCCUUAUAUUUCACUGUAAUUCUCAUGACCACUCUAUUUUCGGACACAUUGAUAUUACAAGGAGAAAUUUGAUGCUAAUCACUCUCAUCGCUUAAACUAAUUAA